UCAAACAUUGGUGGCGCGUAGUUUUGUUGUGUAUUAACUUUGAUAAGAUAUUGUUUAAUAAUUAUUUCAUUUUCGGGUAAUAUUAAAUAAUCGUUCAAACAAUGACAUCAUACAAUAAAACAUUUCUAUUAUUAGCUUCAAAGUUAGGUCUUCAAGACGAAGAGAAGGUUUUGAGGAAAGCUGCAGAAUUGGAGCGUCUUUUACAAACAAAGACUAUUGCGGGUAGUAACAUAACAGACAAUAGUAAAAUGGUUAUAUGUCUAGAUUUGGCUGCGAACAUGUAUGGUGUAGAUUUAGAUUUGAAAACAUCAGUCAAAUACUCCGGUCUUAAACAACCAACAUAUAUAAAUUCAAGAAAAAUAUUGGAAAAUCUCUUAGAGUUAAAUGAUGAUAAAAUGUCAAUUUCAUUUUUAUGUAUAACACUUCAAUGUACUGAAGUGCAGAAAUUAGCUGAAGAAAUACUUGAAGAGUAUAAGAAAAAAUCUAAAAUGGAGAUUGAUAUAAACUUACCACAAUAUGUGUGUAUGGCUGUAUACCAUGCUUGCAGAUUAAAUAAGGUGAAAAUAACAAAAAGCAAAAUAAUUGAUAAAUCCCGCCUAAAACCAUCACAGUGGACUAAAUUAGAUUCAGAAUGGACAAAAUUCGUAAAUGAUAAUUUUUCUACUGUUAAAAAGACAAAAGGACGUCCUCGUAAACAGAAUACAGAAGAUACUAAUAAUGGAACAGAAAAUAAUACAUCAAUUAAAGAAGAACCAAUAGAAGAAUUGGAACCAUACAAUGUAUGGAAGAAACGUAUCCUUGAAGAAGCUUACAAAGAACUAAUGGCUUUAGAAGAAAUAGAAAAGGCUCAAGAGGUUAUGUCAAUAAGACGAUCUCCAAGGAAAACCCCACAAAAAAAUUCACCAUACAAAAUACCUAUUAAAGGAAAGGGCAUUAAAUUACUAUUUCCUUUGAAUUAGAACAUCUUAAUAAUAAAUAUUUUUUUUAUAAUUUUGAACUAACCUAAAAAUUCUAUAAAUAUUCAUGACUAGCUGUCGUCCUCGAUAUCGUCCACGCAAUUUUAAAAUACAAAGUAGCUUAUAUACAGACAGACAAAAAAUUUAAAUGCCAUUUUCGUUAACAGUAACGCAAAUACAUCCUCUUUCCGAAUUCUAGAAUCUUUCUUUUGAUAUUACUGACAAUCCAAUUUUAUUUUAUGUAGCGACUAGCUGUUCCCGUGCGGCUUCA